AUGGCCUCGACCAAGUUCCAGCAAACAUAUCAGAGUGGCGAGACGCGAUAUACAAGGAAGUUCUCUGCGUCGACAGUUCCAAAGGAAGCACUCCUCACUCUCAGGCCUAUUUGGCCCGAAAAGAAAGGCUCUAAGUAUGCUGCGGCAUAUAUUACAGAACUAGAUUAUUUCUUCAAUGAAGACCACAUCAAUGACGCGAUAAAACUUAUGGAAAGAAACCUACUCGGGCUUGAUAUGCUCGGGACGCUGUUUCAACUUCUAUGUGUUCCAGAGGACACCCCCAUCAGCACCCCGCCCAAGUAUUCUGGUACUCUUGCUGGGGGCCUCGGCCCAUUCAGUUUGCUCACUAAUCUGUUCAACCAGCUGGAAGACAGGUCAAUCCAGACUUCGAUUGAAGAGCGUAGGGUGUUUGGAGCUCCACGUGCAAGCCGAUUCUAUGAUGCCAUGCAGCACGCGGCACGGGAUAACCCAGAGAGCCCAACAUAUCAGACUUUUGAAGAGCUUGACAUGGUGGAUAUCGAAAUGGCAGAUAGCGAUGAUCAGCCAAUCCCAGAUUCUCCCCCUCCAAUGUUUUCCACAACGGCUCAAGGAGUAGAAGAACCUCCACGUCGAACACCCACAGAAACACUUGUUGCAGACUUUAUAGUUACCCUACUUGGUGGUUUAGCAAGCCUUGUGCAGGGCCUGAGUCCUAGGCCCCUCUGUAUGGCCAACUCCUUUGAGACUACAUACCAAUUUGGGCCUCCCAGUCAUCCAACCUCUCUACAACACGGCGGUAUGCAGUUCCGGGCUCGUGUAGAUGGGAGUAUCCCAUUCAGCUUAUCCGUUGCUGGUAUGCCACGUGAAGCUGCGAUAUUUGAAGUUAAACGUGCCCCACGCAAGGGAAGGGGAAGUGGCACUCCUGUCCUGGCACAGCAAGCGAUGGAGCAUGCAGCAUAUAUUUGGAAAUGCCAUGCAAGCGACUCAACGGUGAUACUACACCAUACUUUUACGCUCUUAUUCUUAUUUGGGCAAUUCUUACUGACAAAGAUAUAG